AUGGAGGUCAAGAGAGAGGUGGGGGACAACGCUGGCAUCGUCACAGGCAGGAAUUUCAUGGACGCGCCAGACUCCCUCAUUGAGAAAACAAUUGAAGUAAACACCAUGGCUCACUUUUGGACUUAUAAAGCCUUCCUCCCAGCGAUGACUGCCAACAACCAUGGUCAUCUGAUUACUGUUUCCAGCAAGUUUGCUGCUAUUGGCUUUGCUGAGUCUGUGGCUCUGGAGCUGCUGGCAACGGGGAAGGAUGGUGUCAAGACUACCAUUGUGUGUCCACACUUCAUGAACACUGGCAUGUUCGAUGGCUGCAAUUCUAAUUCCUUGAGGUGGAAGCAGACGGCUCUCCUGGGGAAGGGUUGCCUUCGAGAACACAGAGCACUAUGAGACAACAUGCCUUAAGCUGCGUCGGUCCCUUGCACGCUGUUUGGCCCACGUUUAACCGAUGGCCAUUGCCAACACACAACUCAGACUGUGAAUUGUGCUUUCUGUUCCAUUCGAAGCCAUUUGAUAUGAGCAUCAGUGUCAUUGGCUACUGAUAGCAAAGUGUAGAUAUGUGGUUUUAACAGCUGUCUGCAUUUCACACUGUUUGAAGACUCCAAGGGGAUAUUUGUUAGUAUAACAUAAUUUUCCAACAUUUGGAUAAUGGCUCUAGGUAAAUUGUCAGCAUUCAAUUUUCACCAGAUGGGCAAUGGGAGGUAUCAGAGAAUUCCAUCUGCAUAGUGUUGGUGCAUCAUCAUUGGUACAAAAGGUAGAUUCUAUCACUUUUACUUAUUUAUUUGUGAUACACAGAUGUCACCCAAAGUCCCGCUGAAGGAUUUUACAUGUGCAUUGAUGGAUUUCCAUAACGAUAUAUUUUAGGGAACUAGUGAGUGAAGGAGUUGAUUAUUCCAAAAACAUUUUUCCUGCUGCAUUACAAAAAUAUGUCAAAGCUGUUUGAAUGUGCCUAAUGCCACUGUAAAAAGAAUGCAAUAUUGUGCAUAAAUGAAAAACAUCUUACAUUAUGUAGAUAUGCAGUUUUGGGGUUGUGGUUGGGUGUGAGUAUGUUGAACUUUUUAUAGUGGCCAUAAUUCUGAAUCCCCUUGGGAUAUGUGAAUACUCGAAAAAUUAUAAUAAAUAUUUUGUACGUUUUUGUCA